UUUGAGACCAAGAGGGAGGGAGGUUUGGGGUGGCUGGUGGCACACACCAAUUAGAACUACAAACCAAAGCUGUGCUGGUGAGUGGACAGUGACAGCGGUGGUGGCUGUUUAAUGGGUUCCCCUGGCUUAUGACAGAAUCUGCUGCUCCUUAUACUUUAUUAUAUUACUUAUAUUGAGUAAGAGGCAGGGAAAACAAGGUUCUUUGCUCAGGGACAUUUACUUCGAACACUUCAUCAUCCUGCCUGAGUGGCCGGCGCUGGGAGGCAGAGAAUUCUCCUACUGGGCAGGAUCACAAGAGGCAAGGAUCUGUCAUAUGUCACAACAAACUAGAAAGCAAGAAGGUGAAAUGAAGCUCCCCCUCCCUUCUGUGAACUUACAACCCCUUUUUCAGAUAAACAGGGAUAGGUGUAACCCUUGGGAUCCCAUGCACACACCCACACGCACCCCUUCCUUCUCCCAGACUCCGAGCACAGGUGAUCCAGGUACCAGUCACUGCUCCACCUUUCACAGAAUCUUCACCCUUGCAGAGUGACUCACUGGAGUUGGCUCACCAGGAGGUCUGACCCUGCGCCUAGCAGAGGAAGGCUGCGGGCCACUCUCUUCUCUCUUGUGAAAAUUCAUCUCUACCUCUGACCCAACCGCAAUUUCCUCCUAAUCCACCGCUUUUGAAAGUGCAGGCAGUUAAGAGGAUGUGCUUAGAAGUUCCUUUGCUCUCCCGAGAGUUCUGAACUUUUGUCCUUCUUUGCCCAGUUCUUCCAACCUCAGUGUCCCUGAUUCUGAGAACCCCAAGCUUCUAAAGGGCUAGAUUUUACCACUGGGAACUGGCCUCCCACCUUCACGGACUGGAAAGUGUAAACACAAGUGUUAGCCAGUUUUGCACAGGUGGUCUUCCUCAGCGUCUACACCUUCCCUGCCUCCUGGUUAUUAGGAAUGUAUUUCACAAAGGAAGAAACCAAGGUUCAAAGUGGCUUCUGCCCUAGAGGGCUAUUACUGUGUAUGGAUUGAAGCAGUCUCUACCCCUCAGGUCAGGUCCCAGCCUGGAGGUCCGGGUGCGGCCUGCGCCUCCUUUCUUCCUCUCCGGGUCCCAGGGGAGCUGUGGCAGAAACUCCUGCCACACCGAAAGGCUCAUGGUUUCCUUCCGGGCCAGAACUGGGUGGGGGAAAAAUUUCUUCAAUGGUUUUGAGGUGCUUACUAUAGGUGGCAUCCAAGACCACCGCCUCAGUGAACUUGUGUUUACUAGAACAGGUCUCUAACUCCCGGCACCGGAACCGCCGACGUCCUACAACUAAGAAACCAGAAAAAGAGGGCCUGGGUAACCCGCAGCUGCAACAGUCGGUCCAGCCACAGGCCAAGCUAAGCAUUCAUCCGGGUCCCUGAAGUCCUAGUUUUGCCUGGAAAGCCUAGGCGCAUUUAUGUUCCGGGUUUAGGCCAGAGAGCGCGCCCCAGGUGUUGCUCUCCCCUGGCGAGGCCGGGCUAGUGCAGCCCUGCGGCAACGCAGCUCCGCUUUCGCUACUCCCUGCGGCCAUAAAGUAGUCGGUGGGCGCCUCCUUUCAAGGGUCCUAAAGGCCUCUAGCACCCUAACUACGCGGUCUGGGCCGGCGGUCCUUCAAAUCCAAACCAGGCCUCUCUGGGGAGGGCCUGGAGGGCAGUAAACGAGGUAAAAGUAAGUGAGGCCCCUCCAAUUCGUUCUACCGGUGCCUGGAACCACUCUCUUCUUCUUGGUGCCCAUUCCCAAAGGAUCGGGCUCUCCACCAUCACCCCGCUGCAUUCCCAGGUUUGCUACUGUGGUCACCUUCGAGACUCUCUGCCCUCUUCAUCCUCCCCCCCACUCCCGUCUUCCAAGGCACCCCAACUUUCUCCAGCUCUCUCACCUGAACCCCCGAAGCGCGGUUUCUUCUUUCUCCACUAAAGAUGAACCCGCCGCCUGUGGAAAAGCAGCCCCCCACCCCCACCCAGCCUAGGCUGCAAGCCACUUGCUUAACAAGUCCAAAGGUCAGCUAAAGUUUGGCUGAUAAACAGAACCGGUAGAAAAGAUUUGGAGCCCCCCCAAGGGUGAGUACAAUGGGCCCUGGCAAGUCCCGAUCCCGGCCCAAGUCUCUGGCUCCGUUGGACUGUCCCUUAGGCGCUCCCACUCUCUCGGUUUUUCCCCCUCCCCACCACCAUUUGCAUCUUGCCGAAAGCCGAGCCCUUCCCACUCAUUUGCAUAUCUUAUAUGGCCUAAUGGUGGCGAUCAUGGCAAGUUAGAAGUUUUCUGACUCCUCUCGGAGGAGACUCCGGGACCCUGGGGAGUAACAGGUGUCUGGAGGCUAAAGGGUGGAGGGGUUCCAGGACUUAGAGUUCUCUUGUAAAACUCCCCUCCACCCUCCUCUCUCACACCCACCCAUCCCCUCACCCCCUUCUUUUUCCGUCCUUGGAAAAUGGUGUCCAAGCUCACGUCGCUCCAACAAGAACUCUUGAGCGCGUUGCUGAGCUCUGGGGUCACCAAGGAAGUACUGGUCCAGGCCUUAGAGGAGUUACUGCCGUCCCCGAACUUCGGGGUGAAACUGGAGACGCUGCCUCUGUCCCCCGGGAGCGGGACGGAUCUCGACACCAAACCGGUUUUCCAUACUCUCACCAAUGGCCACGCCAAGGGCCGCUUGUCUGGGGACGAGGGCUCGGAGGACGGGGACGACUAUGACACUCCUCCCAUCCUCAAGGAACUGCAGGCACUCAACACCGAAGAGGCCGCGGAGCAGCGGGCCGAGGUGGACCGGAUGCUCAGGCGUGAGAACCGAAGGUGCAGAACCUUAAACCUCACAGGACUAGAGACAGCUGUGAUUCUCCUAGGACCUCAGACUUGCACCCCCACGUACUUCCAAAACUUCGAGCCACACAUUUCUCCCAGAGACUUAAAGCUCUCUGCAGAGACGGGUCUGGCAGCAUUGGCGGCUGAGGCCUCGGAGGCCCUUCCUCUUGGCCUCCUGGCGGCCCUGGGCCGCCGUCUAGUUUGCCUCGGAGCCGACCUGAGGAAGCAGGAGAGGCCUAGUGAGCCUCUGUACUGUGGUCCCCACGCUGUGCUGGACACAGCGGAGAAGUCCCUGGGCCACUCCGGGAAGCCAAUACCCGCAGGGCCCGUGCAGUCAGAAAGAAAAGAAAGGUGUGCGGGGGAGGAGGGUCACUCGGUGGUGCGCUUGGACGCCUUCGAAGUUAAGCCAGAGAGGACGGUUACAAACUGCAGAGUCCUGCGAUCCCCGGCUGCCGGCCUGGAGACUGGGAGAGGAAUCAAGGGUCCAUUGGUCCAUCCGUGUCUGUGUCUGUCUGUCUGUCUGUCUACCUGUCUGUGGAGUGAAGGCUACAGGCUCUAUCAAAUCUACUCCUUUCUCUUUUCAGAGUUCAACCAGACAGUCCAGAGCUCUGGAAAUAUGACAGACAAAAGCAGUCAGGAUCAGCUGCUGUUUCUCUUUCCAGAGUUCAGUCAACAGAACCAGGGGCCUGGGCAGUCCGAGGAUGCCUGCUCUGAGCCCGCCAACAAGAAGAUGCGCCGUAACCGGUUCAAAUGGGGGCCCGCAUCCCAGCAAAUUUUGUACCAGGCCUACGACCGGCAAAAGAAUCCCAGCAAGGAGGAGAGGGAGGCCUUAGUGGAGGAAUGUAACAGGGCAGAAUGUUUGCAACGAGGGGUCUCCCCGUCCAAAGCCCACGGCCUAGGCUCCAAUUUGGUCACAGAGGUCCGUGUCUACAACUGGUUUGCAAACCGCCGGAAGGAAGAAGCAUUCCGGCAGAAGCUGGCCAUGGACGCCUAUAGCUCCAACCAGACGCACAACCUGAACCCCCUGCUCACCCACGGCUCCCCUCACCACCAGCCCAGCUCCUCUCCUCCCAACAAGCUGUCAGGAGUGCGCUACAGCCAGCAGGGAAACAAUGAGGUCACUUCCUCUUCAACCAUCAGUCACCAUGGCAACAGUGCCAUGGUGACCAGCCAGUCGGUUUUACAGCAAGUCUCCCCCGGCAGCCUGGACCCAGGCCACAGUCUCCUCUCACCUGAUGGUAAAAUGCAGAUCACUGUCUCAGGAGGAGGACUGCCCCCCGUCAGCACCUUGACGAAUAUCCACAGCCUCUCCCAUCACAAUCCCCAGCAAUCUCAGAACCUCAUCAUGACCCCCUUGUCUGGAGUCAUGGCCAUUGCACAGAGCCUCAACACCUCCCAAGCCCAGAGUGUUCCCGUCAUCAACAGCGUGGCCAGCAGCCUGGCAGCCCUCCAGCCCGUUCAGUUCUCCCAACAGCUGCACAGCCCUCACCAGCAACCCCUCAUGCAGCAGAGCCCAGGCAGCCACAUGGCCCAGCAGCCCUUCAUGGCUGCGGUGACUCAGCUACAGAACUCGCACAUGUAUGCCCAUAAACAGGAACCCCCUCAGUAUUCCCACACCUCCCGGUUUCCAUCUGCGAUGGUGGUCACAGAUACCAGUAGCAUCAAUACCCUCACCAGCAUGUCUUCCAGUAAACAGUGUCCACUGCAAGCCUGGUGAUGCCUAUGCAACCACCCACCUUGUGUGCAGCGGCAAGGACCCCAUUUUACACACCAUCAAGUCUCGCUGGGCAGCUGUCAUAGAAAAGCUCAGUGACGCGACUAGAGUUCCCGCUUACCUGACACCCUACAGACACCUUGAACAACCUGCUCUCUCGGGGUGCAGCCUGAAGCCCUGCUUCCCUUCUCUGCAGUAUUGUCUUGCCGCCUCCCGAGUGCUCGUUUCUCCCAGAGUCAGGUGGUGCACCACGGUGCCACAGGAAGCGAGAAAACCGUGGAGUCUACGCUGCAGUCCGUCGAACAAACUGAUACAAAAACUUGAAUCUGUUACUGAAAUGACGAGGAGGACCGAGGAGGACGUGUGCUAUUGAACUGAGCCAGACCCUGUAAAUACUGACAGCCUCCCUCCCCCAUCCCAGAUGAUCUCGAGAUUUCUUCUAAAGAAGUAAAUUUGUCCAAUGCGUGUAAACUAUAAACUAUUGUAAUUAAGUGCAAUUACCCUUCCAGGUAUCUCCCCCACCCUGUAUAUAAUACUAAAGUGUCUGUCGCUUUUCUUUGUAAAGGUCAGAGUUGGAAUUCCAAGAGUAACUUGUUCCCUUCCCCCUCCCCAUGGAAGAACACCCGCAGUGGGAAAUGAAUCUCUUCCCCACCCCUCCGGCCACAGGGACGGCACACUGUGGAUAGACUGCCAGCUUGCUCUGCUCUGCUGAUGUUAAGACACACCUCUGGAGCUCUAGGGAGUGAGACAUUAGUGGCAGCCUGAUGCCCUAGCUUCCUGCGGGCCUGGGGCUCGGCCAGUGGAUCCUCCAAGAAAUCCCAGGACAGGGACGCCGUCUGGCUGACAGCCAUCUCAGGAAGCCUCCCAUUAAAGCAAUUUAUUUUGUCACCGUG